AUCACAACUUUACCUGAAACUAUUUCCUUUUCCCCUCUUCCCAUACCCCACUCAAAGAAUCCUUUGUUGAGGAGAGACUUAUUCGACGCUAGAUUCCAAUUCGCUUCUUCUGCUUCUCUUCCCUAUCCCUCCUUCUCGGGGGAUACGGAAAUCGAGAUGACGGAGGAGUUUGUGGAUGUUGGAUCGGAUCUCGUUCCGGGUGUAUAUGAAGGUGGUUUGAAGACUUGGGAAGGGGGUAUGGAUUUGGUUGAUGUUUUAUCCGAAUCAAUAUUGGAUAUAAGAGGUAAAAGGGUUUUAGAGGUAGGAUGCGGCACUGCACUUCCUUCCGCCUACAUCCUCCGAAACCUUCUUUCCAAUCCUUCUUCAUCCUCGUCAUCCUCUACAUCUGCUAUACUCAUCACAACCAUCCAUCUACAAGACUAUAAUCAUCUCGUACUCUCCCUUGUCACUCUUCCGAACCUUAUCCUAGCCACUAUACCCUACCUACCUCGAUCAAUUCUACAACGAUCUGGAUCAUCUAUGGACGAAGAGGCUGAAGUUGAUUUUACCCAAUCUGCAAACUUAGAUCUCACUCCGGAACUGCUUAUUGCUUUCCUAGACCUUCUGCGGGAAAAUGGUGUAGAAGUACGAUUCUCAAGUGGUGAUUGGUCCGGCUUAGCGGAACAAUUGACAGAUGAAAAGAAAUAUGAUUUGGUACUGACCGCUGAGACUAUUUACUCGGAAGGAUCAGUAAUGCCAUUAUUGGACGUGUUGCGGAACUCUACGAGGCCACGUUCAGACGAAGUACUAGCAGCUGUCGAUAACGAGAGUUUGGGACGAGGGGAAAGUGUAAUUCUACUGGCUGCAAAGGUCCUUUACUUUGGCGUCGGAGGAGGUCUACAAUCAUUCAUCGAACUUGUCGAAGGCACAGGCGGUUGGUCCAAUUCGGUAAAAGAAUGGACAAAAGGAGUCGGUAGAAGAGUAAUUCGAAUAGGAUGGACGUGA